AUGGACACCUCAAAAGACGUCGGAAAGGAGGAUGCUUCUGCAGAACAUGUAGAGUUACCGUCGCAGUGCACCUCAUCUUUCCAGAUCCCGGAAGUAACCUGGUGGAAACAUACUGGACUCCGAAAGCUUUAUGCUUUGAUGCCAAUUCUCCUCCUUGAUUUCGGCAACCCUACCGGGUCAAGCCUAGGCUUCUUGACAGCAAUUCAGAACAUCGGAGGCAUAUGUGCUUUGCUCUUCUCUUCCUACAUCGCCGAUCUGUUAGGUCGUCGGGUUGGAGUAGUGAUCGGUAACGUCGUGAUCUUAGUAGGCACAGUCAUCCAAGUGGUCCCAUCAGUCAAUAGGGGGAUGUUCAUUGCUGGGCGAUUCUUGGUUGGUUUUGGGUCGAAUAUCGCGCAGGGAUCCGCCCCCUUACUCAUUACUGAGCUCGCCCAUCCUCAGCACCGAGGAACGUUGACAACCAUGUACAACACACUCUGGUACUGCGGUAGCAUCAUCGCGGCCUGGACAGUAUUCGGCUCGAUCAAAUACACAUCGGACGCCUCUUGGAGGAUUCCCGUAGCAAUGCAAGCCGCUCUUCCUACCAUCCAAUUGCUUGGAAUCUGGCUGCUCCCAGAUAGUCCGCGUUGGUUAUGCGCAAAGGGCAAGGACAAAGAGGCGUUUGACGUUUUGGUCAAAUAUCACAGCAGCAGAGACCACAAUGACCAGUUCUGUCAAUGGCAGUUCCAGGAAAUCAAGAAUACAGUGAUGCUCGAGAGGGCGACUUCCGGUGACGGUUGGACGCUCCUUGUGAAGACUCCCGGAAACAGGAAACGCUUGUUGCUGAUUGCACUGGUGUCUUUCUUCUCUCAGUGCUCGGGAAAUGGCCUUGUCUCUUAUUACAUCCACUCGAUCCUGACCUCUGUUGGAAUCGAGUCGUCCAGGGAUCAAGCUAUCAUUAACGGUGGCUUGCAAAUUUGGUCUUUUCUCGUGGCAAUAGGGUUUUCGGCCUUUCUUGUGGACGUCCUAGGACGACGGAAGCUCUUCAUGAUUGCUGGAGUGGGGAUGCUGAUCACUUUUAGUAUCUGGACCGGGUAA